AGUAGAAACAGAAAGUGAAUUCUACAUUCGACUGAAAACCGGCGAUGAUUCCAGAGUAAAGGGAGACACGUUAUGAAAUACGCGACGAAGAGUGGACUUUUAAGUAUAGGCUACUUAACUUUUAAAGAUAACAAGCUGUUUACCUAAACUUAUCGCUCCAACGAAGAAGAAGCGGGGAUCGUUCCUUUAAUUUUACGCGCUGAGGACAUACGCUGGCAAAGAUGGACCCAGACAGCAAGAAAGUGACGUUUCCACUGGUGAUGGCUGUGGGUGUGGCUGUGAUUGGAUCCCUGCAGUUCGGAUACAACACAGGUGUCAUCAACGCCCCCCAAACGGUCAUUGAGAAGUUCUACAAUGAGACCUGGAGUCAGCGGUACAGUGAGCCCAUCUCAGCCGGCUCCCUCACCACACUCUGGUCCUUCUCCGUGUCCAUCUUCUCCAUCGGGGGCAUCUUCGGAUCCUUCUCUGUCGGCCUGUUCGUCAACCGCUUCGGAAGGAAGUACUCCAUGCUGAUGGUGAAUGUCCUGGCCUUCGUUGCUGCGGCCCUCAUGGGCUUCUCUAAGAUAGCCGCCUCCUGGGAGAUGCUGAUUCUGGGCCGCUUUGUGGUGGGGCUGUACUCGGGCCUGUCCACCGGCUUCGUGCCCAUGUACGUGGGCGAGAUCUCCCCCACCGCCCUGCGGGGGGCGCUGGGCACCCUGCAUCAACUCGGCAUCGUGCUGGGCAUCCUGUUCGCUCAGAUAUUGGGGAUGGAGCAGCUCAUGGGCAGCGACUCCCUCUGGCCCUUGCUCCUGGCCUUCACCUUCAUCCCGGCCGUGGUGCAGUGCAUCCUGCUGCCCUUCUGCCCCGAGAGCCCGCGCUACCUGCUCAUCAUCCGCAACCAGGAGAGCCAGGCCAAGAGCGUGCUGAAGAAGCUCCGGGGCAUGGCGGACGUGAGCGCAGACAUGCAGGAGAUGAAGGAGGAGAGCAGGCAGAUGAUGCGGGAGAAGAAGGUCACCAUCCCGGAGCUCUUCCGCUCGCCGCUGUACCGCCAGCCGCUGCUCAUCGCCGUCAUGCUGCAGCUGUCCCAGCAGCUGUCCGGCAUCAACGCUGUGUUCUACUACUCCACCAGUAUCUUUAAGAAGGCGGGCGUGGCCCAGCCCAUCUACGCCACCAUUGGAGCUGGUGUGGUCAAUACAGCCUUCACUGUGGUGUCUCUCUUUGUUGUCGAGCGUGCUGGCCGUCGAUCGCUCCACCUGAUUGGUCUGCUGGGAAUGGCGGUUUCGGCUGUGAUGAUGACCAUCGCUCUGGCCCUGCUGGACAAGGUGAACGGGAUGUCGUACGUCAGCAUCGUGGCCAUCUUCUGCUUUGUGGCGUUCUUCGAGAUCGGGCCGGGGCCCAUCCCCUGGUUCAUCGUGGCCGAGCUGUUCAGCCAGGGGCCCCGGCCCUCCGCCAUCGCCGUGGCGGGGUUCUGCAACUGGACCGCCAACUUCAUCGUGGGCAUGGGCUUCCAGUACGUGGAGCAAAUCUGUAAAGCCUACGUCUUCAUCAUCUUCACCGUGCUGCUGCUGGGCUUCUUCGUCUUCACCUUCUUCAAGGUUCCGGAGACGAAGGGCCGAACCUUCGACCAGAUCUCCGCCGGGUUCCGGCAGACGGCCGCCGCCGGCCUGAAGUACACUCCAGAGGAGGAGAGCCUGCGCGCAGACUCCCAGCUGUAACCCCGCCCCCUACGCGCGGACUCCCAGCUGUAACCCCGCCCCCUACGCGCAGACUCCCAGCUGUAACCCCGCCCCCUACGCGCAGACUCCCAGCUGUAACCCCGCCCCCUACGCACAGACUCCCAGCUGUAACCCCGCCCCCUACGCACAGACUCCCAGCUGUAACCCCGC